CUUCUAACUUCACUAGCGCGUUCCAGCGUCGCCAACCGGGGUAAUGUCUGAUACUUUUCAAAUGUUAAACAGUCAAUAAUAAUUUAAUUACCACCCAUUGUCCAAUAAAUCAAAUGUGUAUUAUUUAUUUUACCGACUUUCAAACAAGGACAGGUUUAGGAAUCCGUCUGGGGAAGGGGACAGUGGUGGUCGCAGCAUUAACGUUCAGAUGUUAGAAAAGUGACAGAUGCUUAAGCUUAACAGACAUCCAUCACAAGCACAAUUAUGUCAGAAAUGAAAAAUCCCUCAGUAGCGUGCAAGUGGCGUGUGAUUUGACUUUUGAACUCAUGCAAAGAUUGUACAAAACUUUUUUAAUAAUUAAUAUUCUGAAUGGUAGUGGUAAGGAUAAAAUAUAUAAGUUAGUUGAGGGCGGGAAGUCGCUACAGGCAUUCAAAAAAAUGGAAAAUAAACUCCUCCAUAUCCUCAAAUGUUUAAAGCAAAAUUUAUUAGAAAAUAAAGAAUGUCAUGGAUAUGAUAAAGAGGAACAACAGAUCUUUGACUUAUUAGAACGAACUCUUGACUGUGGCGAAUCAAAUUCUGCACUGCUUAUUGGACCCAGAAGAUGUGGAAAAACAUUGUUGGUUAAUAAAGUACUAGAGAGAAUACAACAUAAAGACAACUUUGACACUGAUUGCAUUUUGGUGAAGCUGAAUGGUCUAAUUCAUACAGAUGAUAGAUUAGCUCUUAAAAGUACCACAAGCCAAAUGCAGCUGGACAAUGUAGUUGAUGGAAAAGUCUUUGGUACCUUUGCAGAAAACUUGGCAUUUUUGUUAGAAUGUUUACGAACUGGAGACAAAUCCAAAUCAAGAAGUGUAAUAUUUAUUUUAGAUGAGUUUGAUUUAUUUUGUUGUCAUCAUAAUCAAACUCUGUUAUAUAAUUUAUUUGAUGUAUCCCAGUCAGCACAGGCCCCUAUUUGUAUUUUAGGAAUAACAUGUAGGUUAGAUGUUAUUGAACUCCUAGAGAAAAGAGUGAAAUCGCGAUUUUCACACAGGCAAAUUUUUCUGCUACCUCAUGAAAACCAAACUUCAAACGUGCACACUGUGGGGGAUGCAGUGAAUAAAAUCGAGUAUUAUUUGAAAUUACCUGAAGGUAAUAAGAAGCUUCAAAUCAAUACUGCUGUAGCAAAGCAGUGGAACAGAAACUUAAACAAUCUUUUGAAGGAGAAGAAGUUUAGAAAUGUGAUACAAAGACUGAUAGACUUAGAUAACAGUGAAGCGAUGCUAAAAGACUUUUUAGUGAAAGUAAUUUUUCAUUUCACUGGUGAAAAUUUGACUGUGGAUUUGUUCCAAAAAGAGUUAAAUAUCCUGGAGGAAGAUGAUAUGAUCAAAGUGUUGCAGGACCUAACUGUACUGGAAUUGUGCCUUAUCAUAUCAAUGAAGCAUCACCUAGAGAUUUAUGACAAUAAUCCAAUGAAUUUUGAAAUGAUUUAUAACAGGUUCAUGAAGUUUGCCAAUGCAAAUGCUGGCAUUCAAAAUUUCCAACGAGCUGUUAUGUUGAAGGCUUUUGAACAUAUUCAGGUUAGAUAUAGAUUUUGCAUUAUCUAGUUCUUAUUUUUUACAUCUUAACAUAAAGAUGUCUAGAAUUUUAUUGGAAAUAUUAUUGGGAUAUUUAUUGUGCAGGGUUUUGUUGUGUGUGAUUUGUAUUAUUUUUAGGGUCUAGAGCUGAUAUCUAUGUUAUCAAACACUGGUUCUAAGGUUCAGAAGGAGUACCAAUUCUUCAAACUGUUGGUUACACCUGAACAGAUCCUGGAUGCUGUGAAAAAGUCUUCAGGGUUGCCGACUGAAGUGGCACAGUGGGCACGCAGUUCUCUAACUUAGAAUGUCAGCAUUUUUAUAAUUCAUAUGCACAAAGCUAUGGAAGUCAAAUGUUUUUUAAGCAGAAUCAAUUUUGUAACAUAUUUAUAUUUCAAUAUAUGCG